GCCUCGGCCUUAUACAAACCACACCCUUUUCUUGAAAUAUUUUGAGAGAUAGCCUUAGGCCUAGGCUGCUACAAUAUAGCAAGAACAAAUUUAUAAUCCAGAGAAGUAAACAAAUAGACUAUUUACUUUUGGAAUAAGAAAUUAUAAUCACUCUUGUCCGUCAGGAUUUCAAAUGAAGUGGUUAUAAGAGUUUCAUUUAGGAACAAGAGUGAUUGCGACGUCUUAUACCUCCUUGUAUACUUUUCUGGAUUAUAAAUGUUGUUCUUGCUCUAUUGUAGCAGCCUAGGCCGUGGGCUAUCCCUCAAAAAUAUUUCAGAAAAAUGGGACAAGGGAGCUCAGUUGGCACUAGUCCUGGUGAGAGAAAGGAAGAGAAUAGGGGGAAUAAUGGAGAGAAAUCAAGUGAGAGAGAGGGAGAUCCCAAAAAUGGGCAAAGCAACAAGAAGCAGCCGCAUAAGUAUGAGGCCAUCUUGGCCGAGGCAGACUCACAAAUACACCCCAAGACCAUUGAUGAGCUUUGGACACUCCUCUACUCAGGUGUUUUCUUGAGCACUCGGAAGAAGAGAUAUUGGGUGGAUGAGAAAUCUAGAGGAAAUUGCUUCAUCUUAUUUGCAAGAGAUUUAAAGAUUGUAUGGGGUGAAGAUGGCCGUUAUUGGCGUUGGAUACGGUUGGCGGAAACAAGCCAUUCAAAGAUCGAAAUAGCCGAGCUUCUUAAUGUGUGCUGGUUUGAGGUGAGGGGAAAGAUAGAUGCAUCAUGGUUCUCUCCAGGCAUAGACUACAUUGUCGCUUUCAUUGUGAAGCUGGGUGAGGAAGCUUUUGGGUGGGAAGCACAAGAUGUCACACUUAGCCUCACUUGUGCCAACAAAAUGGAGAAAACACACACACAAAACUUAGAAGAAAAGGAGAGGGGAAAGUGGAUGGAGAUUCAUGUGGGUGCUUUCCACCAUGGAGUAGAAGAAAAAGGAGACAUAGAGUUCUCUAUGAUGCACACCCAAGACAGUAGAUGGAAAAGUGGUCUUUUCAUUAAAGGUGUGGUUAUAAGGCCUAGAAAGGGGAGCAUAAAGGGGGGAUACCCCCAUGACUACAAGAACAUCAUAGCUGGAGCUACCACUCCCUUGCGCUGCACAAGUGUUGAAGAGCUCUAUGCAUGCCUCUAUUCAGGGCUACUCCUUGACAAUAAGAAAAAGAAAUAUUGGUUUGAUGAGGAAUCGGGUGGCAACUGCUUCUUCUUGUUUGCAAGAGACCUCUGGAUUGUUUGGGGCGAGGACCAACGUUACUGGCGAUGGGUUCACCAUCAAGAAUCAAGUUAUCCAAAUAUUGAAGUGGCAGAGUUGAGGGAAGUUUGUUGGCUAGAGAUCAAUGGAAAGAUGGAAACCUCUCACCUCACUCCAGAUACCGACUACACAGUGUCCUUCACUGUGAAGUUGAGGGAGGGGGCGCAUGGAUGGGGUUCCAAGCCGGUCACUCUGUGCCUCAAAUAUCCAGGUGGGACAGAGAAAAAACACACUCAAAACAUGGAGGAGUUAGAGAGAGAGAAAUGGAUGCACCUUACUGUGGGCGAGUUUCAUGUGCACAAGGGAACCAAGGGGGAGUUGAGUUUCUCUCUCAUGGAGAUAGAGGGUAGACAAUGGAAAGGCAGGCUUAUCAUUCAAGGUGUACAAAUCGCACCCAAAAGGCUUAAGAGAGAAAACCCUUAAAAAAUGUGGUUGAGUUUGGGAAGCGAUGGAAGAGGAUAUAAUUAGUUUCUCUUUCUAGAACUGAGGGCUACAAGAAAGGUGGAGCUUUUGAUUCAAGGUUAUAAUCGUGACAGCCCACUACCUAAUAGAAUAGAAUAAACCCAACGAUCCAGAUUGAAACUAUGUCAAACUAGAUCACCUAGAGAGAGAGCCUAGAACACAAGUAUGAGAUGAUAGACCUCUCAAGGAAAGAUGAGUAUUAUCUUACCUCUUUCCUUUGUCUUGUAUCCCCAAAUCUCUUAAUGUUGAUGUGCCUACACACCUAUGGGUGGUCUGGACAUUUUCUCUAGUGGACAAUACAAAUGACCACCAUAUUAGUUCCCUUAUUCUGCCCAAAACUGGAAUGUGGAAGGACAAUAUUCAAUUAAGACAAUAUUUUCAGAA